ACGGCUGCAACCUCUUGCACGUUGCAAAACGGCUUACUUCUUCUCACUUACACUACCUAUGUAGGUAUAUGGUAUACUCGUUCUGCUUAUUCACACCACCUACAUUUUGCAGAUACGUAUACGGUAUACACGUGAACGGGAUGGAAUGGAUGGACAGAUGGACAGGCAGGCAGAUAGAUAGAUACGUAGAUGGUCUACGGAGUAGGAAGGAACAGGCGAAAGUGCCCUUUUUUCGCGGAUGUGUGUGAGACAGGUAUGGGGCUACGCUGCUGAGUGAGCGUGGUGAGGCUGGCUGUUUUCCCUCUACUUCGCUUUGAUAUACAGCUGUCUAGCCUAAUGUACCGAAGUGGACUGCUGGGGACGUGUAUUAUGGAUAUCAUCAUGCUCUCUGUCUGUCUGUCUGUCCUUGAUCUGCCUAUUAGCAAGGCUACUUGACCUGUUAGGUUCUUGAUGCUGAUAACGUGAAUGAAGCACCUAGCCUUCCUCCUGCAAGGACUUUUACCGGGUUCCUCCUCUUCGUCCUUGUCGUUUGCUGUUCGUUAUAUGCUACGUUGUACGCUGGCUGGAUGGGUUUCGACUAGGAGUUUGUUCCUUCCCGUCUGCGUAGUCUGUGUGUUACAGUAUUAUGCUGCGCUAUGUAUAAUGAUAAUGUACUUAUUACAGCCUAUAUACAUAUGACACUCUUGGAUAUACUGCGCGUGAUAGGGAGUAUAGAGUCCUGUGGUAUGAUAGGCCCAAGCAAGAACUACGCUUCUCAUGCGAGCACGGAGGCAGGAGAGCAGCAGGCGAAAAACCCGGGGUUGGGUUGGGCUUGGUUGGUCUGAUCUGGUCGUUCUGCAACCCCUUACCUUGUACUUGCAUUCAUCCCAUCUUAAGUGAAGAGAACUUCGUCGGCUAAGUUACUGUAAAUUGUAGUUGUGGCUGCAGUUGUUGUGG